AAAACAUCUACUGUGUAGAACCCCCGUCAUCAUUUCUGGCAUAUACAAUAUCGCUAUCCACAAUGUUCAAAAAGAAACCGAAUAUCAAACCACUUUCGCCACUCAAGUCAUCCGACCGCCGACGUACUGCUGACCAGAUCAUUAGCGAUUUUGGCAUCAAGAUUCCCGUGAACCAAGAUGCAGACCCGAAUGACAAGGCCGCUUCUACAGCAGGCCUUACGGCUCUGAGAAGAUCCCUACUUCCAGAGGACUCACUCUCCGCUCGAUUCACUACAACAGCCGGCCCCGACCUAAAGCAAGUGUCUGGGACCGUAUAUGUUGGCAGCCAUGAAGGGACAUCAAACGAAUUGCGGAUCCUUUGGGUCAAAGUCGACGAGAAGAUGUAUCCUACAGUAUACACCCUCUGGCAUAACCCACGAAUCGUCCCGCUCCUUUAUACCCCUUCGUUUGUAGUUGAGAAAUUGCAGGGCGGUGCAGACUUGAUGACACCAGGCUUGCAGCGUGGGCCUCCAUUCCCCCCCAAAGCGGUCAAGGGUGCAGUCGUUGCGAUUGCCAGCCUCGAGACUCCUACAGUGCCAAUGGCAGUAGGAACAUGCAUAAUAGAUGUCAGUACACUGCAGCAAGUCCAAGGACAAAAAGGACACGCAGUGCAGACCUUCCAUUGGGCUGGAGAUGAGCUCUGGGCAUGGAGCUCGUCGAGCAAACCUGGUAUAGACCCUCCAGAGCAUCUCAAUGGUUGGGACGAUGAGGCACAAGAUGACGAGGCCGACCUGGUAACACAAACCGAAGAUCUGGAGAUCGACGAGGCUCAAGAUGGUGGUGUCGCAUUAAAUGCAGACCCCACCGAGCGAUCAGUGGAAGAGAAUGCUCAAGGGAUCGAAGGAGAAAACGCCCCGUCGAACCCGGACUUCGUCGAAGAAGUGGAGGACAAAGAAUUGACGACAAAAGAGAUCGACGAUGCAUUCAAGAACGCCUUUCUCUAUGGUGUACGAUAUCACAUGGAUAACAACAAAAGCCACCCUACAUUCGGCCUCGAUUUUCCGCUGUCGCAAUCUAACGUCAUGUCAUUGCUUGUACAACCCUUUCUGCCUACAUAUACCCCCGCGCGAACAGCAUCUCUGCAAAUAAAGAAGUCCAGCUGGAAAAAUAUCAAGAAAUUCAUUAAACACUUGGAUAAGCAGCGGAUCAUCAAAUCUAAAGACCGCGACGGUAACGAAGUAGUCAUACUUGACAUCGACUUCGCCGAUCAGAACAUACAGUCCUUCACUCCGUAUCGAUUGCCAAAGAAAGAUUCACCAAGCUCAGCAGCAGCGAAUGGAAAACCAGCGGCGCCGUCAGCAUCUGAGACGUCUGUUGGGCAAAAGCUCAAACUCGUGUCGCUGCUACGACCAAAGGAGAAGCUCGCACCCAUCUUCAAUGCCUCCAAGGCUGAUCCGCGUGGCCUAUAUACUCCAACAGAAUUGAAACAAAUUCUGACUGCUUACAUUGAGGCGGAGAACCUGGUAUCAGAAAAGAAUCGGCGCUUGAUCAAUCUCAACCCACAGAUCGCGAAUUCACUUUUAGGCAAUUCGGCUGCUGACGACAAGGCACUAGCAUCCGGUGUGAUUCCAAGAGAUGCUCUUGUUGAGAGAAUAGUGGCUACCUCAGCUCCUUUUCAUGCAAUUCUUCGCAAUGAUACGGGCAUUGCCGAUUCGAAACCAAAAGCUGGCGCUCCACCAAAGAUUCACAUUACCCUUGAAACGAGGAGUGGCAAUAAGACAGUGACUAAAGUGAGCGGUGUUGAGGCAUACUAUAUCGCACCGCAACCGCUCGCUGAUGAGUUAAGGAAGACUUGUGCUGGGAGCACAAGUGUCGAUCGUUUACAAGGAAGUAGUCCGAAGAAUCCAGUCAUGGAGGUCCUCGUUCAAGGCCCCCAGAAAGAUGCAAUCAUCAAGGCACUGGAAAAGAGGGGGGUAAAUCGAAAUUGGGUGGAGGUGGUUGACAAAACUAAGGGAAAGAAGAAAUGAGAUUUUCUCAUGUAUAGUAACAUCAAAUGGCCGACUUCCUCACCCGGAGAAACUAGCUCAGAAUUGCGAUACCCUUCUGCGUUGCAUUACUUGUAGAUCUGCCUGGUCUUGUCUGAAUAUACAUACACAUUGCAGCUGCCUCUCCUAUGACUACUAUACAAAAUCUAGGGUAUAUCUUCUUCUAAAA